GCCCCUCAUAACCUAUAAUUCCUUCUAUCGCAUACUCCUCAUUAUCUACAACUCCAAACUAGUAUAAAACUAAGCCGGCUGCUUUGUCGCAACACUCCAGUUUAUACAUUGUUGCUUCGUGAUUAUUGUUAUCAGUUUUAAUUUUCGAUAUUUACAAUGCCUCUGGUAUUCUACUGGUUGGAGCCCAGCCCCCCAGUCCGCGCAGUCAACCUCAUCAUACAUGCUCUAGAUCUACCUGUUGAGUACAGAGUUGUUGAUCUUUACAAAAAAGAGCACUUAACACCUCAGUAUCUUAAGAUGAAUCCACUCCAUACCGUUCCAUUAAUAGAUGAUAAUGGUUUCUACCUAUGGGAAAGUCGAGCAAUCAUGACAUACCUGGUGUCCAAGUACGGCAAGGACGACUCUCUCUACCCGAAGGACCUCCAGAAGAGAGCCAUCGUGGACCAGAGACUUCACUACAGUAACGACGUCUUCUACGCCGUGAGGGAGCUUACGCAAGGCAUAGCCUUUUAUGAAAAACCACCUACACCUGAACUGCUAGGAAAGAUUGAAGAAGCCCAAGAGAACAUAGAAAAGCUUCUCAAAGGUCACAAAUUCAUGGCAGGUGACACGCUAACUGUUGCUGACUACGGUUUCAUCACACUUGUUGAUUUAAUGGAGGUUUACUGCCCACCAGGAAAUAAGUACCCCCUUACCAAGGAAUGGUUCAGUCGUUGCAAAUCGACCAUGAAGAAUUUCGAAAAGGCUAAUAAGAAUGGAGCCAACAUGGUGUUAAGUAAAGUUAAAAGUUUCUUAGGUAAGGCUUGAAUUUCCCAUCGCUAAGUUCAAUAUUCAACUAAAGAUCCUGCUAAUUAUAAUGUUUGAUUUAUAACCGUCUAUUAUGUAAAAUUUCAAAAUAUACGCUAUAUAUUAAGUAUAA